AUGAAGCCAAUAACUAUUCUGGGCGGUGGUCUUGGGGGACUAACACUAGCACUUUUUCUGCGAAAGCAAGAUGUUCCGUGUGUCGUAUACGAACUUCGAGACGAGAACUUCCGCAAAGGGGGUGAUAUUGCCCUCUCACCAAACGCACUACGAGUCCUCGACCACGUUGGCGUAUAUGGUAGGAUUAGGAAGCAAGGCUGGAAUUACGACUUUGUGAGGAUGAUCAGUGUGACCGGAAAAUAUCUGGGUGCACACGCCUGGGGUGGUCUGAACAAAUUCCAUUACCAUUGUCUCCGCAUCAAUCGAGAUAUAGUACGCCGAGAACUUCUCGCAGAAGCCAGACUACAAGGCAUCCCCGUUUAUCUUGACAAGAAAUGUGUAGGGAUUUCCGAGGAGGGCGAGGAGAUCGUGCUAAAGUUCGCCGAUGGCGAAAUAGUGCGCACAGAAUACCUGGUUGGCGCAGACGGCAUUCACUCCUUGACGAGACAAUUUCUUUAUCCGGGAAGCUUCUCCAAGUAUAGCGGGCUCCUGGUCGCACUUGGUCACACUCAGAAAGUCAAACUGGGUGGGUCUAUGGACGGAAUACAACUACCAUGCAUGUUUGUUGGCAAGAAUGGAACAUUUUCGAUCCUUCCCAAUAGCUACGACGGCGGAGAAAUCGGCUACUUUAUCACGACUGACCUUCCGGACCGAGGACCAGAGAAUUGGGCGCUCCUGGAGAAGGAUAAAGGAGCAAUUGUUGAUAUUAUCAACGAAGUGAUCGAGGAUAAGUCAUGGCCAAAGUUUGUUGGAGAUUUGGUGAAGGCGACCCAUCUGGAAGACUUCAGAACUUGGCCUUUUGCAAAAGUGCCAGACCUCAAGCAUUGGGCUUCCAAGUCUGGCAGAAUCAUGCUGAUUGGAGAUGCUGCCCACGCUAUUCCUCCCGCUGGUGGACAAGGGGCUGCAUCCGCUUUUGAGGAUGCUGAAACGCUUGCCUAUGUGCUGGCUAGGCUGAAUCUGCCUGAUUCGACAGCAUCUGGGUUAAUUGGGAGCCUCCAGCUAUGGGAGACACAUCGAAUGCAUCGUAUCAGGCAGAUUUUGGACUAUACUAUUCGAGCCGGAAAUAUAAGGAAGAGAAGUUCCGGCAUUAUGCAGGUGUUCAAAGAGUGGACCAUCUGGGCGAUGUUCAAAUUGUACGAGUACAAUGGUGGAGGGCCGGCAUGGAUCUACAACUAUAACGCGGAGAGUAUUCUAGAAGUAAUUUCCAAGUAA